AACAACUCUCCAGCCAUGGAAGCUGUAUCAGCUGCUUCUAAAUCAGCAGCGAUGAAAGCCAUUAACUUCCCUUCAACUCCCACCGUCCCGAUUAUAGCUUUUUCCACUACCUCGGCCUCACCAUGGUCACAGGUCAAACUCAACAUGCUCACCCGUCAUGCUCCAAAUCCAAACACCAGAUUCGGUUCGCUCUGUCUCAGUCGUUGUUCCACAAAACCAAACAUCGAAACUGACCAAAACUCAACUUUCGAACCCAAUCCCAAUCUAAACACUGAAAACCCAUCAAAAGUUGUUUCGGAUGAAGCAAUUUCCUCUUCUUCUUCUUCAACGCCCUCUUCUUCUCUUUCUAGAGGUUUGGUGCUUGAUUUGGAUCCUGUUGGUUGUUGGGACUGCAAAGAAAUCGGUUCACCGGUGGUGAAAAGAUUCAUCAGCGAUGAGGAAGAAAGAUGGUAUAUGUGGUACCAUGGGGUUUCCACCCAAGGCUCAGAUUCCAUAGGAUUAGCGGUUUCGAGCAACGGGGUUCACUGGGAGAGAGGGAAAGGUGGAGUGAAAUCAAGUGCAGAUGUGGGUCUGGUCAUGAGUUGUGGCAAUGAUUGGUGGGCUUUUGAUACACAGAGCAUUAGGCCUGGUGAAGUAGUCAUCAUGUCUAGUGCUAAAGUGAGAGCCUCGAGCGCUGUCUACUGGCUUUACUACACAGGCUACAGCGCCGAGAAGGUGGAUAUUUCAGGGUUUAAUUUGCAGAACCCUGAAACAUUGAGUGUCGAAAGUGGAAACAUCUUGAGGUCUUUACCAGGCUUGGCAAUCAGUCAAGAUGGAAGACAUUGGGCUAGAAUUGAAGGGGAACAUCACAGCGGGGCAUUGUUUGAUGUAGGUUCCGAGGGAGACUGGGAUUCAUUGUUCAUCUCAUCACCACAAGUUGUUUUCCAUGGAAACGGCGAUCUAAGAAUGUACUAUCACUCAUUCGAUGUCGAAAAUCGGGCCUUUUCCAUUGGCAUUGCAAGGUCUAGAGACGGGAUGAAAUGGAUAAAGCUGGGGAAAAUACUGGGUGGAGGCAAAAAGGGCUGCUUUGAUGAACUUGGAGCAAUGAAUUCCUAUGUGGUGAAGAACAAGAGAGAUGGAAACUACGUAAUGGCAUACGAAGGCGUCGGCGCAGACGGAGGCCGUGCCAUAGGGCUGGCGGUGUCGGCCGACGGAUUGAAAGAUUGGAGAAGGGUUGAAGAUGAGGCAGUGCUGAAGGGGGCAAUAAUGGAGGAUGGAUGGGAUAGUAAGGGGGUUGGAUCACCAUGUUUGGUGGAAAUGGACGGUGAUGUUGAUGAAUGGAGAUUGUAUUUCAGGGGAGUUGGCAAUGGUGGGCGAUGUGGGAUUGGGAUGGCCGUCUCUGAUGGAAGUGAUAUUACUAGGUUUAGAAGAUGGAAAGGAUUUCAAGUAUAAAGUUGAAUUUCAAUGCUGUAGUGUUCUUGUUGUCCAUCUUUGUCCUAAUUUUCAUGUGAUAAUGUAGUAAGAAUUUGUUUGAUAA